AUGGGAAUUCCUCACUUAGUCAACUACUUAGCUCCUUACGGCGUCCUUGGUCCUCUGGAUGGUGAUAGGGUGGUAAUUGACGGUCCUGCAUUGGCCUAUCAUAUCUACCAUCUCUGCACAAGGAGCAGCAUCGGUCUCCCAUCAUAUGAAUUACUCGGUGAUACCACCAUCGCAUGGCUUGAAAAGCUCACAAGCCACGAUAUUUCCAUCGGUGCCAUUUACUUUGACGGCUUUCUCCCACCAGCCAAACUUCCUGUUCGUUUGGAGAGACUAUUGAGAGUAUCAACGCAGUUGAAACUCUUCCACUCGGCAUUCCCAAACGCAUGCCCAUCGAAACAGGUUGCUGCAACACAUCCCAAGCGGCCUCGUCUCUUCCCAACAGACGCACCUAGGAGAGAUCAACCGUUGACCCCGCCACCACCAUUCUUGGUUGCCGCUGUUGUAGACAAGCUCAACCAAGAAGAGAAGUAUGCAAACCUGGUUCGCCUUGUACCGGGAGAGGCUGACGCCUACUGUGCGGACGAUGUCAUGAAGAACGGCGGGACAAUCCUAACUUCAGACUCUGACCUGACCAUCCACGAUCUGAACGAAGGCUCUGUUGCCUUCCUCAAGGAUCUUCAUAUUGGAUCUACGGACGGAAAGGAUGGACUUUUGGGCUUGAAGUUCUCCCCCUCAGACGUCGAGAAGAGAUUAAAUCUCCCCGAUGGGCAGGGAAUGCGUCGGUUUGGAUAUGAGCUUUCCAAGAGCAGUCGGCCUAAAUUCGCCCAAGUCCUUGAGAACUGCAAGGGAGAUGUUUCGGAUCUGGAAGAUUUUCGCAGGUUUUGCGAGCCGUACGAGACGCUGGAAACUACGGAUUGGAGCGCAGUCCCGGUACUGGGCAGCUUGCAAAGCCCUAAGCUUGACGCGAGGCUGUCUGAGUUUAUUCUCCAGUGCGUUGGCUAUUCUGGAGCCGCCAAGUCAUCUCCACAAGAAUCUGGCGGAGACGGAUGCAUGAUGUGUCUGCCGCCUCUUCUUGACUGCCCUGCCCGUGCAAGCGCAUGGGAUAGUAGUGCCUCUGUCAGACAGCUAGCAUACAGCUUGGCAUCUCUGCUACAACCCAGAACAUCGCCUCCCGUUAGAGAGUAUAGGAGGGUAUACAACGGUACCAACCAAGGAAAGCACAUAAUCAUUCUUCCUCGUCCCUCUAUCAAAGACUACGCGGAUUUCCUUCUGGAGACCUUGAGCCAGGCCAAAGAGGGCCUUGGAGAACAUGAUUCCAUGUGGCAAACUAUAGCUCUACAGCAGAUUCUUUCUCAAUUUCAGUCGGAUGGGAAGCAAGAAGCAUGCGUUAGUGCGAUUAAGCAGGCCUUGUCCGUGGAAGCAGGUUCCAGUCUGGUGCCGUGGGACGUUGUUCAUCUGUCAGCGCAGGUACAGGCGACGCUCUACUCCCUUCGCAUCCUUGCUCAAGUGCUGGAUCUUUUGAAGGCCAUCAAGGCUGAGAGCGUGCCGGACGGUUUAGACGAGAUUCGAGAGCUUCUUGCGACGCUGCCACCCCUGACGGAAUGGCCAAAUGUAGACGGCACAAUGGCUUUGCUCACAGACUUGAGGACCAACGGCGGGCUGGCUAAGCUGGGAGAGGUUCUUGAGAUCCCAGAGAGCGACUUCUUGCCCUCCAAAGAAGCAAAAAGCCGGAAGAAGAAGCGAAAGAAGACGGCGGAGGUUGAGGUACAGGUCCGGCCUGAGAAGAAGGCUUCGUCGAAUCCAUUUGAUAUUCUGGGCGACGAAUAA